AUGGCCACGCCGUCGAGACGGACGGGAAAAGAGGAAGUGGAGGACGUGGAGGACGUGGAGGACGUGGGCAAGUGGGGAGCUCGGGGCGUCGGACCUCAGGUCUGUGACGAGGCCGAGGGGCAAAGCUCGCUGCUGAACUACCGGGACGUCGCCCGAGGAUCGUGUCUAGCAUCUGUUUACCAGGGACCGAGUCAAGUCCCUCGGAUCACUACUCCAGCCCCACCGACCGCUACGAGCAGCCACAGCCUCGCGCUUAGUGCGAACAAGAACAAGAACUGGCGAGCCAAUUACCUGCGUGCGCUCAACAUCGUCACGCCCGACGUGACGACAUGGACGCGAGGACGUCAUGUCUCAGCACCCGAGACCUCUCGACGCCCGACAGCCACUCAAUUGACUGGUUCAGGACGUUCGGAGCUUUUGACGACGAGUCGACGACGGAUUGUCGCAGGUGCCGAAGAAGGGACACGUCGAAGCUCGAGUGGCACUAGUAGCAGUUGCAGUAGCUGCAGUAGUAGUAGUCACCAUCAUCUUAGUACCAGGGGACGGUCGAUCUCGACGUCGAAAAGCAGGCGGGGAGCGUCCCCCUGUGACACCGACAAGACGUCGAUGUACGUGUUUGGCCUGCGCUCGCAUUUGUUUCGAGCGCGACGAGCUACAAGCCGAAGUGACUAUGGAAGUGUGAGGGGAUAUUCGGGAAAGUCGGCACCGAUCAAGAUCCCGAAGAGUGUUGAAGCGGCGUCUCCCACAGCGAGCGCAUCGUCCCCUACAGAGGACGAAGCCAAUCGAGCAGUUGAGUGUUUGCACGUGCAGAGACGGCCAUGCAGUACGAGGAACUACCCGAACCCAGCAGCAGAGUCAAAGUCGUCGACCAUGCAGCUGCUGUCGUGGGAAGAACCGCUUACAAUGCUCGGACAAAGUGAAUGGCCAUUGCAGAAAUGCAAUAGCAGUAAUGAGGUUGUAAAGAGUCCGGUGGACUGUCGGUGGUCGUUGAGACGUCCUGAUGGUAUUGUGGAAGAGUGUGAGGAGACGGAGGAGGAAGAUGUGGAUGGGUGCACGCAAUCUGAGGAUGACGAUGAGGGUAUAUUUAAGAUGGAGUUUGACAGCGAAUCUACUGGUGGCAAGGUGGUUAGCGUCAACAAGCGAGCGAACAAGGAGAAGGAGCGUGUAAACGUGAGUCAACGUCGAACAAGCUGCUUGGACGAUGUUAGAGGCACGGACGACAGUGAAGUCGUGACGCCCCUCUCUGCUUCGUUCGUGCCGCCGCACCAAAUGGUGGAUCAUGGGUGCUUUUCGCUAGGAUUGCGCGACAAGCUCAAGCGAAAGCCUGGUGUUUACUGCUGA